AUGGGAGCAACUCUCUCACAUCGCUCCGCAGAUGGAUGCGAGAAGGUCAUUUAUCACGCAAGCCGUUGCCUGACACAACCACAGAAGAACUACCAGAUUGAAAAGGAAGCAUUCGCUCUCAUUUUCGCCAUGCAGAAGUUCCAUCGUUCUAUCCAUGGACGAAAUUUCACGCUGAGGAUUGACCACAAACCGUUCUUGGCAAUCUUCGGAAGCAAAAAAGAAUACAGUGCCAACCGUCUUCAGCGAUGGACCACGAUUUUGCUAAACUACAACUUCACUAUCGAAUACAAGAACACAAAGGAUUUCGACCAACUGGACGCUCUUUCACGUCUCGUCUCGUCACAAUCAUCGAUACCGGAAGAUUUCGUGUUAGCCUCAAUAGAUGGUGAUGUCACUUCUGAGUUCUCAGAAAACUAUUGUCAGCUUCCAGCAUCUGCCGAAUCCAUUCGGACUGCUACGCAAACCGAUCGUCUUAUCCAGCUUGUGACCGGAAACAGGCCCAAGUUCAACCGCCAUUCUCCUCUGUGGCACUACUACAACCGCAUAAAUACCAUGACAACAGUCAAAGGAUCACUACACAAAGCUCAUCCAGGCCAAACAAGGAUGAAAAUGCUUGCAAGAAGGUUUGUCUAUUUACCCACGAUUGAUUUCGACAUCGAAAACUCGUCAAGACCUGCCCAAGAUAUCGCCAGGAAUUAUUUCGAUUGUAUGUUUUAUAAUGAUGGAGUUUAUUUGGAUAUGUGGACAAUGGAUUCUUCUGUGCUCUUCACCGCCACUACACUGGUACCUGUAGGAUUUGGUCUUAUUACACCUUUGACAUGGAACGGUCGAAUGUUUCUAGUUAUUUAUGCUAUUGUUGGUAUUCCGCUGGCAUUGGUUACCAUUUCAGAUAUCGGGAAGUUUUUUUGCGAUGCCGUCUUUAAACUUUUCAGAGAGUCGACAUCGAUCUUCAUGGCUGCACUUUUGAUCUUGCUUUUGCUGUAUCCCCUUGUCGGUGGUCUAUGCAUCCACAACGUCUCACAUUUAUCGCUAUUCGACAGCGUCUAUUACUGCUGUAUUACGAUACUCACUGUAGGAUUUGGAGAUAUCGAGUUGGUGCCAUUUUUCAACGGUCCUCCUAUACCAGUUCCCUAUCUGAUCCUUUUUAUUGUCGUUGGAGUUACCUUAGUGACAAUGUCAGUGGAUGUAGUAGCAACCAACAUCAUCCACCAGAUCCAUUAUAUGGGAAGGCAAAUGGGAAAGGCUAAGGUUAUCGCCGACAAAAUGAUUCAGAUGGCCCAGAAAAUCAGCAUAAAUAAAGGACUUGGACUAGGAAUGACACAGCUGGGCGCAUUUGCUAAGAUGGGAAUGAUGAUAAAUUUAACAUCGAAUGGUGGCGCGCUGAGUCGAGGAAAUCAGGAUCGCAGUAACUACGAAAAGGAGAAUCAGCCGAUGCAACGAAAAAGCACCGCUUUCGACCCCGAACUUGACUUCGAUCUAAUCGACAGAUUAGUUCCUUAUGGAUACCCUUCUCAGAACCGGGAUGAAGGAGACGACGACGUUUUCUACGAACAACAGUGGAACGUUUGA